GAGCGCACUGGUUCACCUCAGGACUCGGCGGCUGGCUCCUGUCAGUUCCCAGGCGGGUGUCGGGCUAUGCGGGGACCGGGGGCUCCGAGAGACGGGAUGAAGGCGGCAGGACGUGACUGGGUGUGAAGCCAUUCCCCUACCCCCAGAGCUGUCUCCUCACCCUCCUUCCCCCCCCUCCCUCACUCACCCGCUCGCCCGGAACAAAGAUGGCGGGCACUGCCACCCCACUGCCCACUCUCAACAUGGCGGCGCGCGGUCCCGGCCGGGUGCUGCUGACCGUGCUGCUGGCGCUGCUGAGCGGCUCCCCGACCCUGGGCCAGGAGAGCGGCGACGAGACGGUGAUCAUCGGCCUGCGGCUGGAGGACACCAACGAGGUGUCUGCCAUGGAGAGCGGGGCCCUGCGGGUCAGCGAGAGGACCAUGGUCAAACUGCGGGUCUACGGCCAGAACAUCAACAACGAGACCUGGAGCAAGAUCGCCUUCACCGAGCACGAGCGGGCCAGGGAGGACAGCCCAGGCGGGGGGGCCGGCAGCAGCUCGCAGCCCUGCGGCAUCCGCACCUCGGACAUCAUCAUCCGGCCCCCCAUGGUGCUCAGCCGCAGCAGCUCGGGCAUCGUGGAGAUCGAGAUCAAACCCCUCAGGAAGACCGAGAAGAGCAAGUCCUACUACCUGUGCACCUCCAUCUCCACCCCCGGGGGGGCCGCCAGCCCUGGGGCCCACCAGCCAUGGACGGAGACCACCUGGAUCUACCAUGAUGGAGAGGACACCAAGGUGAUCGUGGUGGAGGAGAAGAAGUUCCUGCUGCCCUUUUGGCUGCAGGUCAUCUUCAUAGCCCUCCUGCUCUGCCUGUCUGGCAUGUUCAGUGGGCUCAACCUGGGGCUCAUGGCUCUGGACCCCAUGGAGCUCAGGAUAGUCCAGAACUGUGGCACAGAGAAGGAGAAGAACUAUGCCAAGAGGAUAGAGCCGGUGAGGAGACAGGGCAACUACCUGCUCUGCUCAUUGCUGCUGGGCAACGUGUUGGUCAACACUACCCUCACCAUCCUUUUAGAUGACAUUGCUGGAUCUGGGCUGGUGGCAGUGGUGGUGUCCACCAUAGGCAUAGUCAUCUUUGGGGAGAUUGUGCCCCAGGCUAUCUGCUCAAGGCAUGGGCUGGCUGUUGGAGCCAACACCAUCUUCUUGACCAAGUUCUUCAUGAUGAUGACCUUCCCUGCUUCCUACCCUGUGAGCAAACUAUUGGACUGUGUGUUGGGGCAGGAGAUUGGCACUGUCUACAAUAGGGAGAAACUUCUUGAGAUGCUGAGGGUCACGGAUCCAUACAAUGACCUGGUCAAGGAAGAGCUCAAUAUUAUCCAGGGAGCUCUGGAGCUAAGGACCAAGACGGUGGAGGAUGUCAUGACUCCUCUCAGAGACUGCUUUAUGAUGGCUGGAGAUGCCAUCCUGGACUUUAACACCAUGUCAGAGAUCAUGGAGAGUGGUUACACCAGGAUUCCUGUUUAUGAAGGGGAGAGGUCCAAUAUAGUUGAUCUGCUCUUUGUCAAGGACCUGGCUUUCGUGGACCCUGAUGACUGCACCCCACUCAAAACCAUCACCAAGUUCUACAACCACCCCCUGCACUUUGUGUUUAAUGACACCAAGCUGGAUGCCAUGCUGGAGGAGUUUAAAAAAGGUAAAUCUCACCUCGCCAUAGUACAACGAGUGAACAAUGAGGGAGAAGGGGACCCAUUUUACGAAGUACUCGGGAUUGUUACUCUGGAAGACGUGAUUGAAGAAAUCAUCAAAUCAGAAAUUCUGGAUGAAACGGAUUUAUACACUGAUAACAGGACUAAAAAGAAAGUAACACACAGGGAAAGAAAGCAGGAUUUCUCUGCUUUUAAACAAACUGACAAUGAAAUGAAGGUUAAAAUAUCACCUCAGCUUCUUCUCGCUAUGCACCGUUUCCUAGCAACAGAAGUGGACGCUUUUAGUCCCUCUCAGAUGUCUGAGAAGAUUCUUCUAAGGCUGCUGAAACAUCCAAAUGUCAUCCAAGAAUUGAAGCUCGAUGAUCGGAACAAGAAAUCUCCUGAAUGCUACCUCUACCAGCGGAGUAAACCAGUGGACUAUUUUGUGCUUGUUUUACAGGGGAAAGUCGAAGUUGAAGCUGGCAAAGAAGGCAUGAAGUUUGAAGCCGGGGCCUUUUCAUACUAUGGCGUGAUGGCCCUCACAGCAUCUCCAGUUCCCUUGUCCCUGUCUCGUACCUUUGUUGUCAGCAGAACAGAAUCGUUAGCUGGUUCUCCAGCUGAAAAUAAAUCGCCACCCCGGCCCUGUGGGUUGAACCACUCUGACUCUCUAAACCGAAGUGACAGAAUAGAUGCCGUGACACCAACACUUGGGAGCAGUAAUAACCAGCUGAAUGCCGCUUACUUACAAGUGUAUAUUCCCGAUUACUCUGUAAGAGCCAUAGCAGAUCUGCAGUUUGUCAAGAUAACAAGGCAGCAGUACCAAAACGCCCUCAUGGCUUCACGAAUGGACAAAACACCUCAAUCUUCAGACAGUGAAAACACUAAGAUUGAUAUGACUCUGACUGAGCUUCACGAUGGUUUAGCGGAUGAAACCGCAAACCUUUUAAAUGAACAGAACUGUGUCACACACAACAAGUCCAAUCACAGUAUGCACAGUGAAGGGCCUAUCUGAUACAGAGCUCAGCCUAUUGACUUGUGGGACAUCCCUCACUACAUUCUCAAGCUUCG